AUGAUGCCCAUCAGACCCUGCGAGAGCGCCUUCCCCGCCUCUGUGGUGAGAGACGUGGAGACUCCUCUGCAAGUGGCGAAGAACCCAGUAGGACGUCCGCGGAACACGGCUCAGGAGGUCGAAGGGUUCAUACUCAAGCACGCCGAUGCGCACGAGCGCAUCCGAGGGGGAUUAGCGCCGCUGCCGCCCAUCGCACACCUCACUACGACGGCGAAGCUCUUCGAUCACGCCGCCAUCGUCACCAUCGCUGAGUACGGUUGGGAUGAUCCUUUGAAGGAGUUGAAGGAAGAGCCAGAGCAGGAAGGCGCUUCCGAAGCGGGGGACGUCGACGAGAAGGCGGGCAUGAGCGUGAAGGACGUGGAGGCAACCGUGACGCAGACGAAGAGUUUAUUGCGAAAGGGGAAGGGCAAGGCGGGCUCGAGCGGCAGUGGCGAUGCGGUGGCUGAGGCUGAGAGGAAGGACGCCGUCCUCGCCAAAGUUCGAGGGAGAGUUAAGUACUUGCUGGAGUACGAAUAUCGACGUCGCGCGGCGAGCAACAGGCUCACUUACCCGACGAAGAACAAGAAAGGCGCAAAGGCCCAAGCCGGCGGUGGCACGGCGGCGGCGGCGAGCCAUGAGUCGCCCAAGCCUGGCGGCGCAGGCUUCGUCGCGAAGCCUGCGGGUUCGAGAACUGGCGCAGGGGGCGACAUCUUGAAGCUCUUCAUGUCGAAAGCGCCCAGGCGCAAGCAGGCCCAUCUGUUUUGGGCAGACGGGCUCAAGGGUGACGAGUCGACGCGGUUUGAAGCGGAGGUAGAUGCUCGGGUGGAGGAGGACGGCCGAUUGGCGGCCGAAGAGGGCAGAGCUGCUACGCCGCGGCAGGGCGUGAGAAGCGCCGUCGCCUCUGAGCGUUACAGGAACUUCUCCGAGGAUGAGAAGGCGGCCGUCCGAGAGAAGAUUGACGAAGAGCACGGCAAGUUGCUAGAGGAGUGGCAGGGGCGGCAGUCUGCGGAGCCAGAGUCGCCGGACGACGCCGCGGAGUUCCUCGAGCGGGCGCGAGAAUUGCUCGCUGAUCUCGCCGAUUUCGUUGCGGUGCGUGGGUCGGCUGUGUGCGUCUGGUACACGGUCGGGCCGAAAGGCGCGGCGUACUGCUCCAUGGCAGCCGUUGAAUCCCCGCAUAAGAAGUUCAAGGACUGGAAGGACGAGGAUCCGUUGGUUCACGCCCAGACCGGUUUGUCCAUCACGGUCCACGCGAACAAUGUGAACAAGUCUCGCUGGUCGACUCUGCUGGACGAUCUUGGACCGCCGACGCCCAAACCCGCUGGAGCCGAGCUUCAUGACGGCGAGCAGCCUGGGCCGAGCCGUGCACGCGGCGACUCAGAGCAUGGCUCAGCUGCGAGUGCUCCUGCGCCCGCCUUCGAUGGUGAAGCACCCGCCUUCGACGGCGAAGCGCCCUGGGGCGAGAGCGCGGCGUCGUUGCCAAGCGAACCCCGAAAGGAUGACGACGGCGCCAGUCCUGCCCCAUUGCCGCCUAGAGCAAGACCCGCACCGGCAGAGUCGUCCACGGCAGCGUUGCAGGAGGGGAGCGGCUUCAGCGCUUCAGGACGCGCAAACGAUGCAGCGCAGGCUUCGCUCGACGAUCCCGAGCCAAAGAGAUUGAUCGAGCGCGCAACGUCUGAGGCGCGGAAGCGCGGGCGUGCAGCCGCUACGCCUCGAGAGCAGUCGUCCAGACCAGCUGAUGCGGGCGGGGACGCGGGCGUGCAGCUAAACGCGCAGCCAACCGAUGAGGAAGACCCGUCCUCGCGUCUCGUAUUCGCUUUUGAUGAUGUAAGUGCGCGCGACCGUCGCACCGUGGACGAGUUCAAAAGCGCGUGCGAAAGCGCCCUGCAGAGCCUGGCGUUGCGGAAGACGUGGCUAGAAAGAACGAACGGGCUCAAAUUCUUUCCCGAGGUUGCGACGGCCUUUAAGAUCGGCGAAAUGCGCGACUUGGCGUUCGAGGUAGCGCUCGCAUACCUCUCCCUGGAGAACAGCAGUGCGGCGGACGAGCAGUUCCUUAUGCGGGCGGACGAAGCCGGCAUGCUCGAACCGGCGUAUCUGUUGACCUUCGCGCGCAGCCCAAGGAACGGAGUAGCCCGAUGGCACAGCACCAAGGCCGUGCAGGGCAAGAAGCGGACCAGUGCGCUCCUCGACUGGGACAUACACCUGACGCUACCGCGCCAGUGGGCUCUAUUGCAGCCCGACGAGCGGCGUGACGACAUAGGCCGCCUGGUUGCGCCUGCCAACGCAUCCUUGACGUGGCCAGCAAAUACGAUAUGUCCCGGCGAAAACGGAAUAAGGAUCUUGGUCGCGACGUUGUUGGCUUGGGGCUCGGGCAUAAACGCAAGUGAAAGCGACGAGGGGACGGUAUGGAGGCGCAUGGCGGCUGAUGUGGCAGACGUGCUCAAGAUCGUGGCAAAUAAACACAGCGCCACCCAUACAUCCACCACAGGCGGACGAGUAAAGUGA